AUUUUCCUUUGUUACUUUCAUGGAUGCAUUUGAAGAGAGAAAAUUAUCCGUAUUGCGUUGAUUCGAUUUCAAGUGCUAACCGCUAAGUUAUAUUUCUAAAAAAUGGAAAUUCAGCUAUAGUAAACGGUAUUUUGAAGUUAUAAAAUUCGCAGUGUGACGUGGUUGUUAAAUUUGAAUCGUUUAAGCUCGUGAAAUUUUACGCUUACGGUACCGUGUUUCCAUACUAUAUAAUUAUAUUGCCGUUGCAAUACCGGUCGGUUUUCAGCCUAUUUAAUAAGCCAAACUCGCGAUGAAGCAUUAUUGUACAUGUUUAAACAUUUGCGUCGAGUUAGACAGCUUAGAUAGACUACCCGAUGAACCAUUAACCCUAUCGGACGAUGAGAAGAGAGACCCCUUUUUUACGUUACCAUUAUUAGUAGUUCGCGAAUUAAAGGUUAAACACCAACAACCGAUGCUUAUACGUUCCAAACGAAUUGGCUCGUGGGAAGUCUAUAAAUGUACGAAUUGCUCAACGUUUUCGCACGCUAUUGAAAAUGAUUCCAAUACAAGGCUUAUGAAUAAGACAUUAUUACAGCUGCCGGAUAACGAAGUGCAGAAUAUCAAAAAUUCUGUCGAUUAUUCCCCAGUAUUUCACAUCGUCGUGGCCGAUACGUCUUUAUUCGGUGGUGAUCUGUCAGAAACUAGUCAAUUAAGUGGAAACUUCUCAACCAACGUUGUCGAGUUACAAAAACAAUUAUCCGAUUACGUCGACGAGCAGAAUAAAAUUACCGAUGAAAACAUACGCACGUACGUGGAGCAACAACAAUCGGCGUUGAAAAAAUUACUAAAACGAGCUAACGAAGACUUUCAAAUAUUAACCAACGUCAUUGAGCAAACCGAGCCGGGAAUGAAGAGGAAUAACUCGAGUGAGAUUAAUUCAUUCAACAGCAGUGGUUUUGCUUCAUCUCAAACAUACACGAGCACGUCGCCGAUUAAUAUAUCCAGCAAAUCUGUGAUUGAUAAUUUCGAUCGUUUGACCAUCAGUCCUUCGAAAGCGAGUGUGAAAGAAUUCAAAGGCUCCUUGAUGUCUGGAAUUCCGCCAUCGUUCGAUUCCGAAGGAUUAUUCCCUUUGGAUGGAAUGGAAGAACCAAGUGUUCUAGAGGAUGAAGAACACUCUGAUGAAGAUCUUUCGGAUACAGAUGAUUCUGGAAGUAGGGACGAGGGUAUACAUAUUCCACGUCGAAAAAGUUUCGCCAUCGCGAAAUCUCUACCAAUACGAGUUCCGGGGGAAUUCGAUCCGUCUUUCCGAGAUGUUGGCGAAGCAAAAAGGGACAAAAGGAAACCAAAUUACCAACAGAAGAGAAACAAAGAACCAUUGGAUAUAGCCGCCAGCAUUAAAGCUUUGGCCAACAGCGUACACGGUGAUACAAUUUUCGGUGAUUUACCCCCUCCGAGAAUUGGUUCUAGAAUCUAAUUCAUAAGUUACGAAAGUUUUGAGUAUUUCUGAAUUUUUAUUGAUUUUUUUCGUGUAUUUUAAAUUACAGUUCGCAGCUUGAUAUUUUUUUAUAUGUUUUAUAAAAUUGUGUAAAAAGAAAUUAUAUAUUUUUUCUGUCUUUGA